CCUCGCAGCGCCGGGAGUUGGCCGCAGUGGGCGCCCGCUUUGUCCCGCUCCCCGGUGCGCAGGGCUGGGUCCGGUCUGCAGGCAGCACCGCGGCUGGAACCGGACUCGGGGAGCCCAGGAUCCGCCGCAAGUCGCCCCCAUGCUGCCCCAGCUGCUCCUGCUGCCCGGGCUGGUCCUCACGCUGCUGAUCCCGGAGGGGAGCUGCGGGUCCAAGCAGGAGGAAAACCUGCUGGUUCUUACUGUGGCCACCCAGGAGACUGAGGGAUUCAAACGCUUCAAAAGAUCAGCUCAGUUCUUCAACUACAAAGUCCAGGUGCUGGGGCUGGAUGAGGAGUGGCGUGGUGAGGACAAGAAGGCAGCAGGAGGUGGGCAGAAGGUCCGUCUCUUGAAGUCAGCUUUGAAGGAGUAUGCAGAUAAAGAGGACUUGAUCAUCCUUGUCACCGAAAGCUAUGAUGUGCUCUUUGCAUCGGGCCCUGCAGAGCUGCUGAAGAAGUUCAAACAGGCCAAGAGCAAGGUGGUUUUCUCAGCAGAGACCUUCAUCUACCCUGACCGGAGGCUGGAAGCCAAGUACCCUCCAGUGCGAGAUGGCAAGCGUUUCCUGGGUUCCGGAGGUUUCAUAGGUUACGCUCCUAACCUAAACAAGCUUGUGGAGGAUUGGAAAGGACUUGACAAUGAUAGCGACCAGCUCUUUUACACCAAUAUCUUCUUGGAUCCGGAAAAAAGGGAAAAUAUCAACAUCACUUUGGAUCAGAGAUGCCGGAUCUUCCAGAACCUGAAUGGAGCAUUAGAUGAGGUGGCUCUGAAGUUUGAAAAUGCACGCGUGAGAGCAAGAAACGUAGAGUAUGACACCCUCCCAGUCCUGAUCCACGGCAAUGGACCCACCAAGCUGCAGCUGAACUACCUGGGAAACUAUAUUCCUCGGGCCUGGACAUUCGAGACAGGCUGCACUGUGUGUGAUGAAGGCCUGAGAAGUCUCACAGGGUUCAAGGAUGAUGUGUUGCCGUUGGUUCUGAUUGGAAUUUUCAUCGAGCAGCCCACUCCAUUUCUCUCCCAGUUCUUCCUGAGGCUUCAGAACCUCCAGUACCCAAAGAAACGCACUCAGCUCUUCAUCCACAACCAUGAGCAACAUCACCUGUCUCAGGUGGACAGGUUUGUGAAGGAGCACGGCAAAGAAUAUCAUGCGGUCAAAGUGAUUGGGCCGGAAGAUCACGUGGAGAAUGCUGAUGCUCGGAACAUGGGCAUGGAUUUGUGCAGACAGGAUCCUGACUGUGAAUAUUACUUCAGCCUGGAUGCCGAAGUGGUUCUGAAGAACUCAAAGGUUCUACGGAUCCUGAUUGAACAGAACAAGCCGGUGAUUGCCCCAUUGGUGAGCCGUCUCGGAAAGCUGUGGUCGAAUUUCUGGGGUGCGCUGAGUCCUGAUGGAUACUAUGCCCGUUCGGAGGAUUACGUGGAUAUUGUUCAAGGGCGGAGGGUUGGGAUUUGGAAUGUUCCCUACAUUUCCAGCAUCUAUGUCAUAAAAGGCAGCACCUUGAGAUCCCAGCUCAACCAGGGAGACCUCUUCCACAGCGGCAAACUAGAUGCAGACAUGGCUUUCUGCCAUAAUGUCCGGGAUCAGAGGGUCUUCAUGUUCGUGACAAACCGUCACCAAUUUGGACACAUACUCUCUCUGGAGGAUUAUCAGACGACACAUCUCCACAACGACCUCUGGCAGAUCUUCAGCAAUCCUGAGGACUGGAAAGAAAAGUACAUCCAUGAAAACUACACACUAGCUCUGAAAGGGAAAUUGGUGGAGACGCCCUGCCCCGAUGUUUACUGGUUCCCUAUAUUCACUGAUGUCGCCUGUGACGAGCUGGUGGAGGAAAUGGAGCACUUUGGCCAGUGGUCCACGGGAGAUAACACAGACAGCAGGCUACUAGGGGGUUAUGAAAAUGUCCCAACUAUUGACAUCCACAUGAACCAAAUUGGCUAUGAGAGAGAAUGGUACAGGUUCCUUCUGCACUAUAUUGCUCCAAUCACAGAGAAAUUUUACCCAGGAUACUAUACAAAGACACAGUUUGAGCUGGCCUUUGUCGUUCGUUACAAACCUGAUGAGCAACCCUCCUUAAUGCCUCACCAUGAUGCUUCCACCUUCACCAUCAACAUUGCCCUGAACCGGGUAGGGAUAGAUUACGAGGGAGGAGGCUGCCGGUUUCUGCGUUACAACUGCUCCAUUCGAGCUCCUCGGAAGGGUUGGACCCUCCUGCACCCGGGACGCCUGACCCAUUAUCACGAGGGCCUUCCAACCACAAAAGGGACCCGUUACAUUGCAGUGUCCUUUCUCGACCCUUAGAGCCAUGCUUCACGAGAAGGACCUUUUCCCAGCAUCCCCCACUGCUGACUGUGAGUGGGAGUAGGGAACGCUGCUGAGUCUCCAAGGCAUCCAUCAAAGUUAUUUGGAUAUUGGUUUUUUUUUUUAAUGAUGGUUUGUCUUCACUGUUGGAAGAUCACCUCUGCUAACACUGCAGAUCAUAAGUCGGAGUGUGGUUCUAGAAUUUGGAGAGAUUCUUUGUGCCUUCAAUUCCAAUAUUCAUCCUCAUCUGUGCUUGGACUGUACUUUACUUCUUCACUAUCUGCCAUGGCUUACUGGACUACUUGCUUGGACUGAAAAUCCAGCUCUUUGGGGGCAGGUCACUUCUUUCCUCUCCCCACAAGCCCCUUCUCCAAGCAGCAGCAAGACUGUCUCUAUGUGCAUCUUACAGAGAAAUAGACUUUAGGGAAUCCUUUCUAGACACUGCUCUAAACAUGAGUGGGAUCAGGGAGCUGGUUCCAGGAUCAGGGAGUGGAGUCUUAACAGCUGUAGCAUUGGAUGAAACUUAGUAGCCCCAACCUGAGGUUCAUCUUAGCCAUACCUAUUUGAAGUUACUUGGAAGCACAUCACCUUGUUAAAAACAGCAAUGAUGAUAACCCCCAUGGAUCCUAUUAGCCAAACCGUAGUUGGCUGAUGAUAUUUGACUUCUGUGAUUAGAUUGAAGGGGUGAAAGAUGUCAUCCCAACCUUAUCUUGCUGCAGCUGGAAGGGAAUGUGUCCAUCCAACCAAACUCUCUCUCUCUCUCUCUCUGUGUGUGUGUGUGUGUGUGUGUGUGUGUGUGUAAAAGGGGCUUCUUAGAAAGGGGAGGCUGUGGAGAACUGGAUGUUAGUCAUGUUGCUUAUUGCACUGCUGGAAGGGACUAAGAUUCUACUGGGAUGAACCCAUUAUAAGAAUCUAUGUAGAAAAGAAUCUUGGUUGAGGCAUGUUUCUUGGGCAGUGUAGGGAAAACAUGUACUGCCAUCACCCACGCUGUAACUGUUCUGGUUAUUAAAUAGAAGUCUUUAGUCCUCAGGUCUGCCAAACUAUAAUAUUGCUUGAGCUCUAAAUUUUCAGCAAAAGUUAUUUUGAACAGCCACCUUCUAAAACCAUAUUAUUUGUGGGUUUCUAGAGUGACUCUGCCAUCUGUUUAUAACUGCCAGGUAGUGGAGCCUACUGCCUCUGAUACCAGGCAGUUACACUCAGAUGGAAGGAAUUGCUCCACAACUGGGGUAGAUAGAUGUGUGUUUUGACAGAGAACUUUAAUUAGCAAAUAUAGGACAGAAGAAGGGGACACUGACCUUUUCCUUUCUGGGCCCAGGCGCAUGCAUGUCCACAAACACACCUACAGAGAAGGAAGAGAAAUCCAUGCACCAACAAUCAGCUAAAAAAAGCAAAACUUGCUUCUAUUUUUAAUGAAAAUCUGAAUCAAGUUAAUUUCUCAUUGUCACCAGGCCAGUCAUUAGUAAGAAGAUGUUGAAGAGUUGUAUGUAUUUAUUCAACAGAUUUACCCAGUUAUUUGUUGUUUUUGCCUCUGCCCCAGGAAUUGACUGGAAUCAGUAUAGAGGUCUCAUAGUAUUUCACACCAGAUGUACAGUUUUAAACAGCAAGUUUUACAUUAAAACUUAACAAAAUGA